AUGGUUCUCAGCAAGCUAAAACGUCACUUGCUCACUAAUCAUCCUUCGCUUGCAUCAAAAGACAAAAACUACUUUCAGAAAUCAUUAUCUGCAAGAUCCAAACAAGUAAAGGUUUUUGAAAAACAAUUUAGUGUGUCUGAAAAAGCUCAGAUAGCUUCUUAUGAAGUGGCUGAAUUAAUUGCUCUUAAAUUAAAAUCUCAUAAUUUGGCUGAAGAAAUUAUAUUACCUGCAUGCCGUAAAAUUGUAAAAAGAAUGAUGAGUGAAUCAGCAGAAACUGACAUUUGUAAAGUACCACUUUCAAAUGACACAAUUCAUUGCAGGAUUAUAGACUUGUCCCGAAAUAUUGAAGAAAAUACUGGUAAAACUCUUGUAAAUUCCAAUUUUGCACUACAAAUCAACGAAACAACUGAUAUUACGGGAAAAGCACACUUAAUUGCAUUCGUUCGAUUCAUUCACGAAAAUGAUAUAAUUAAUCAAUUUUUAUGUUGUUGCGAAUUAUCUGAUUUUACAACAGGAAAACAUAUUUUUAAUGUUAUAAUUUAUAUUUACAAGAAAUUAAUGUUUCGUGGAAUAUGUGCAUUGGCAUUUGUACAUACGGUGCUCCGGCUAUGA